AUGAAUUCAGUGAGGCUAGAGAUAGUUGAGCAAGUAUUUCAAGUCCUUAAUAAGAAGCGUUACAUUCAUCGUAACCAAAAGGGAAGCCACUAUCAGCUAAUCAAAGACUACUUCGACGAGAGUUGCACAUAUCCACCAGAGUACUUUCACAAACGAUUCAGGAUGCAACAAGAACUUUUUCUUCGUAUCCUUAAUGAUGUCAAAGCUUAUGAUGAUUACUUUGUCCAAAAAAAGGAUGCGACUGGUCGUUUGGGGUUGUCUUCUAUAAAUAAGAUGAAAAUUGUUGUUCGUAUACUCGUAUAUGGUUGUGCAAUAAAUAUGCGCCCACCCAACGAAGCCGACGUAGUACGAUUACUUUAA